CAAACUCCACCAAGACAAAUGGCGGAGUCUGCUCUUCUUCUUGUCACAACAAAGAUCGGAAUAGCGGUGGCAGCAGAAACGCUUCACCAUGUUAGAUCUGUUGCAAAACUCUCAGAGAACAUGACACUGAUAAGGAAUGACCUAGAGCUUAUUAGAGCAUUUCUCAAGGAGAUUGGAAGGAAAAAUUCGACAGAUGGAGUUACCGAAGCAUGGAUAGGGCAAGUCCGAAGAUUGGCGUAUGAUAUGGAAGACAUUGUGGAUCAAUUUAUGUAUGUUAUUGGCAAACAGCAUCAGAAAGGAUCUUGGUGGAGUAGUGUGAAGAAAAUCUUGAAGAAACCCCAGCAUCUGUUUACACUAGGUGAAAUCUCUACUGGCCUUGAGAAAAUAAACCGAGCCCUCACACAUCUUAAACAAAACAGAGACUGGACUCAACCAAUAGUUGGUGUGGGUGAUGUUUUUGCAACAAAUUAUGACAGCCAACAACAACUAUAUCUUCCUGGACAUGAUUACUCGAUCUCUGAUGAUGAACUUGUGGGAUUUGAUAAUAAUAGAAAAAUAUUGAUGGGGUCACUGAAUUUGGAAAAUUGUCUCAACCUGCAAAUCAUUGCGUUGUGGGGUAUGGGUGGUAUCGGGAAAAGCACUCUUGUCAGUAAUGUGUUCAGAAAUGAAGCAACCAACUUCGAAUGCCAUGCAUGGGUUUCUGUCUCCCAGUCCUAUAAACUAGAUGAUAUUUGGAGAAGAAUGCUGAAAGAAAUCUAUUCUAAAGACAAGAAAGAAUUCGAUGCUGAGAAGAUGACCUGUGGAGAGUUACAAGAUAAAUUGAAGGAACUCCUGAAGACAAAGCGAUACUUGAUCAUAUUGGAUGAUGUCUGGACAGCUGAAGAUUUUAGAAAAAUUAAAGAGGUUCUUGUCGAUGCAAAACUGGGAAGCAGAAUAAUAAUCACAACAAGAUCUGAGGAAGUUGCUUCAAUAGCUCCUGAUGAUUGCAGGAUCAAAGUGGAGCCUCUUGAGGAUGACGAUGCAUGGCGUCUUUUUUGCAGGAAGGCGUUUCCAUGCACUGAAAAUCACAUCUGCCCAUUAGCAUUGCAAGAGUGUGGUAAAUUGAUAGUGGGGAGGUGUGAUGGUUUACCUUUAGCUCUUGUGGCCAUAGGGAGCUUAUUGUCUCUUAAGGCACAGAAUGUUACAGAGUGGAAACUAUUUGACGGGCAACUUAUUUUCGAGCUACACAAAAAUGAGAACCUAAGUCGCGUGGUGAAAAUUCUGAAUCUAAGCUACAAAUACUUGCCUGACUAUUUGAAGAGUUGUUUCUUGUAUUGUGCCAUGUUCCCAGAAGACCACAUGAUCAAAAGAAAAAGGUUGAUCAGACUGUGGGUUGCUGAAGGGUUUGUUGAACAAAUUGGAAAUUGUAGUUUAGAAGAUGUUGCUGAAGGUUACCUGACACAACUUGUUCAACGAAGCAUGCUUCAUGUGGUAAAGAGGAACAGUUUUAACAGGAUCAAGUGUCUUCAAAUGCAUGAUCUUGUCCGUGAAUUAGCCAUUUUCCAAUCUAGCAGAGAGAGUUUCAGUAUGACUUAUGAUGAUAAUGAUGGGGUGACACAGGUGAAUCCGGAUUCUCGCCGCUUGUCAGUGCUCCAAUGCAAAAAUGACACUGAACCAAGCAUGGGGCAAUGCAGGCUUCGUACCUUCACAGCAUUUAGCAGCAACAUGGCAUCAUCUGCAUUGUUUCCCUCAGAAUCUAAGUACCUUGCUGUGUUGGAGCUAUCAGGAUUACCAAUUGAGACUAUUCCAAAUUCAAUUGGGGAGUUAUUCAACCUUAAGUAUUUGGGCCUCGAUAAGACCAAUGUCAAGAUACUUCCAAAAUCUGUUGUGAAACUUCACAAUUUGGAAACAUUGAAUCUUCAAGGUGCAGAGUGUGUGCAUUUGCCAGAAGGGUUUGAGAAGCUGAAGAAGUUGCGGCACCUUCUUAUUUAUAAAUGGCUGGAUAGAACAUGCUCGAUUCUCAAUUUUUUUGAACCUGUGGAUCCGUUUGAGGGAAUGUGGAGUUUGAAAGACUUGCAAACUCUGUCUGCAGUUCGAUCUAGUAAAGUAUUCAUUGUCAAACUAGCAAAUUUAUCUCAGCUGAGGAUCCUUCGCAUUACUGGGAUAAGGAGCAUCCACUGUGCACAACUGUGUGACUCUCUGUCAAAGUUGCAUCAGCUCUCAGUAUUAGGAAUAGUAGCCAGCAAUGAAGAUGAGGUGCUCCAGCUUGAAACUUUGACAUUGUCAUACCGCCUUAAAAAGUUCGGUUUAUCAGGGCGGAUUUCCGAAGGAACAUGGAAAUCUCCAUUUUUCUCAACUAACGGAGAUGUCCUUUACGAAAUAUCUCUACGUUGGUGCCAGCUCUCAGAGAACCCAGUGCCACGCCUCUCUGAAUUGUCAAAUUUGACCGCUAUACGUCUACGCAAAGCAUAUACUGGACAGGAGCUAACGUUCCAUCCAGAGUGGUUCCCUAAUGUGAAGACCCUUUCCUUGUAUGAUCUGCCACAUGUCAACCAAAUAUACAUACACGAGGGAUCUUUGGUCCGCCUUGAAGAACUUCGGAUUAGAAACCUGGCCGAACUGCGGGACACCCCUGCCGGCCUGGAACAUCUGAAGUCACUCAAAGGGGUGCGGUUUCUUGACAUGCAUCCUGAUUUUGAAAAGAACUUUCCAGUGGCAAAACUAGAGCAUGUCCCGAAAGUUCGCUGCACCAUACGAUACGAAGAGGAGUGAGUCUUUCUUGCGUGGAUGGGGUUUGCAAUUAUC